CGCAUCUCGAGGAGUGUUAGUUGUCGGCUGCUUAGAGUCCAGCUUUUGCCGCUUUUCAAGAAUAAAACGAAAAGAAUUCAGCAACUUUUGAAUCGUAAAACUAUUACACAAAAUGGAUCAACUGGACAAUAGUGACGAUGAAGAUAAUUUUCUAGAUGAUAAUGAAGAUGAGGAUGAAGAAAGGUUAGGUGACGACGAAGAAGUAAGAAGUGAUGACGAUGAUGAUGAUAUUGAUGUUGUACUUGUUCGAGAAAAUGAUGGAGCUCGAGAGAAUGGGAGGGUUGAAGAAGAUCAAGCAAAUCGUGCGGAAGAAAAUCAGAGGCCAUUGAAUGAUAAUAUGGCGUUCAAUGUAAAUGAGAAUAUCGAUGAAGAACCGGCUAGAGAAGGUCGUCAGGAAACGAUAUUCAGCGGAAUAAACACUCGAGGUAUGCGUGUCCCGUUACAAGCAAACUACGAUAUCAGAGCGAUUGAUCAUCUCUUGGUUUUAGUAAGUCGAACAGUACGAUAUUGCAAUACUUACGAGCAAAUUAUAGACGAGUUAAAGUGGGUAAAAGCAUCAUACAGGUACAUUAAUUUACCUACAACUAAACCAGCCUUGUGGGAAGUCCUUGGUCGUCAUGACGAGAAUUUGAGGUAUCUGUUAUUCUGCUCAAAAUGUAAAGAUCGAAUAGGGACUGCGGAUGUAGUUGAAAAUGUGUGUCGCUGUGGAACGUGUGGCCCAGGGCUCGAUAGAACCAACAUAGCAACGUUUGUACAUAUAGGACUCACUCCGCAAUUACAAGAUCUUCUUAAAACUCCAAACAUCGCUGACGCAUUAACAUACCGAGAUAGAAGAAUUAAAAAAAAACCCUGA